AAUGAAAGCAGCAUUUCAUUCCUCUAGCUCUCAGUUUCCUGUUAAAUAAAGAAUUGCUUGUGCCAGUGGAUUUUUACACAGUUCACAUGCUCACAAAAUGCUGAUCGCCUCAGAUAUAUAAGGACCCAACUGAGCCAGCAAUACCAAUAAAAUCAUGGAUCAAGCCUAUAUGGGCAUGGAGGACGUAUCAGGUAGCAACAUAAAGUUGAGAAGGCUGGUAGAAACUUCAGAAGACAAUUCUAUCGAUGAUGAAGUGAGUCAAACUGUGCAAGGUGAAACGACUGGACUUGGACUCCCAGAGGCUGAAUUUGUAAAGAAGAGUUACUGCACAGCUGCUGUGAUUCUUCUGGGCCUGCUGUGUCUUUUCCUCCUGAUUGGAUUCAUAACUGUGGUUUUUCUCUUCACCCAAGGCAAAUCUCAGUGGGAAAUGGACACAGUGUUGCUACACAGGCUUUACAACAACUUGACCAGCGAGAGAAACCAGUUACUGACCAGUUACAACAACCUGACAACCGAACGAGAACAGUUACUGACCAGUUACAAAACCUUGAAAACUGAAAAGGACCAGUUACUGACCAGUUACAACAACUUGAAAACUGAAAAGAACCAAUUGCUGACCAGUUACAACAACAAAGUUAAAGAGAGAGACCAGCUCCAGACAAGAUUUGAAGACAUGACCAAAAAUAGAGACAAUCUUCAGAGAAAGCUUCAAGAUUGCAGAGAAAACUGGGUGGCCUUCAGUGAUAGUUUGUACAAAGUUUCUUCAGAGCAGAAAUCCUGGGAAGAAAGCAGACAAGACUGUCUUCAAAAAGGUGCAGACCUGAUGAUUAUCAAAAGCCGAGAAGAACAGAAUUUUGCUAACCAGUUCAAGAAGUAUUUGUGGAUUGGACUGACUGACUCUGAGACAGACGGGACAUGGACAUGGGUGGAUGGGACUCGCAUGACCACAAGCUACUGGAAUAGUGGGGAACCAAAUGGUGGCAGAAAGGAAAAUUGUGGACAGAUAAAGGCUUACGACUCGCAAAACAGCUGGAAUGAUGAAACAUGUUCCAAUCAACACUUCUGGAUAUGUGAGAAGAGAGUUUCUCAAUAACUUGACAUCCACGGCCAACAAAUAGUGCAGAACACAGAGCCUUGAGAUGAAUUACUGAAAUGAAGCUGAACAGAAAACAGUGGACACUUAGGCUACGUCCACACAUACACGGGUAUUUUUGAAAACGCAGCUUUUUCUAUGCGUUUGGGC